AUGGCGUAUACUGCUUGUGGAAACAGGACUCAAAUUGACUACUCAUGGGCGGCACCACUCCUUGAACGCCCCAUCGACGCUGACCGCAAGGUCCGUAUCAUUUGUGUUGGUGCCGGUUUCAGCGGUAUUGGAUCUGCUAUUCACAUGAUCGAACACAUUCGCGAUGCUGAAUUCCAGAUAUACGAGGCUGCGGAUGAUAUUGGUGGAGUAUGGCAUCACAAUCGGUAUGCUGGGGCUGCCUGUGAUAUUCCAUCACACAGCUACCAAUUUUCCUUCUGCCAGAACACGCAGUGGUCGACUUUCUACGCGCCUGGUCCUGAAAUCCAUAACUACCUGAAGAAAGUAGUUGACCACUAUCAGCUUCGAAAGUUCAUCAAGCUCAAUCAUCGAGUUGUUGGGGCUAUCUGGUCUCAGGAGAAUGGGAAAUGGACUGUUAAGGUACAAAACCUCGAAACAGGGGCAGAGACAAUUGAUGAGGCCGACUUUGUUCUGUACGCCACCGGUUUUUUGUCCAACCCCAAGUGGCCUUCCAUCACAGGUGAACUAUUGGACCCCUUUGAGCGCCUACAGAAAGCAAUGUGA